AUGCAGAAACUCCUUGAUCAAGAAGGUCAAGAAGCUACAAUAGCAAUUCAUCACUUUGUGAUUCAUCAGAUUCUGACAUUGACAACAACCUUUUCAGAGCCAAUGCUGUGUCCUGAAACUCUUAUUUUAACUGAUUAUCAAGCCAAAUGUCCCAAGUUGCAUGAACUUAAAAAAGCAUGCAUCAACGGAAUAAUAGAAUACAAUAGAACACAAUCAAGCUUAAUUGCAUCACAAAAAUGUUUAGAACUUCAUCAUAUAAAAUAUCAAGAUGAACCAAUUCCUUUAAUAUAUCAGCCAAGAGAUGCACACAAGCAAAAAUGUCUUGUUUCAAUUUCUGGCUCAUCCGAAAUACAGGAAUUAGAUCUUAGUUAUGCUAUGACAAUACAUACUAGUCAAGGAAUGACUCUCAAGGCUCCACAAUGUGUUGGGGUCAUUGAUGAACAUUUGGCUUGGGAUGAUUUAAUAUAUCUUGCAAUGG